AACAUCACAUACACUAAUUUUACAUUUUCAAGCAGACAAAUUAGGGAAGAAUUGUGUGGAAAUAAUUGUGUUGGUAAACGUGACGUCUAAACCUAAUGUCACCAGGAGUAACCGUUCUAUAAGUUGAGACAGAAACUUCCUUAUGUGCUUUUAUGCAUCCAGUGAAGCGAUGCCAUUUGGUCCCAAGGCACCGCUUGAAAAGGCAAAGCAGCUUCAAGCGCCACAGUGAGAAGAGCUACGGAUAAAAGAGAGAAACAGAAUUGCUCAGAUACCUGAAACCUUUGCCUCUCGCUUGCCUCAGUCUGGAGUUUGCGGAAGAAAUUCACCCACUCCCACUCCUGCCUAACGAGCGUAUAUAUUAAGCUCUUUGAAAUAGCCAAAGAUGUUUAUCUUGCUCUAUGUUACAAGUUUUGCCAUUUGUGCCAGUGGACAGCCUCGGGGUAAUCAGUUCAAAGGAGAGAGCUACUCCCCAAGAUAUAUCUGUAGCAUCCCUGGCUUACCUGGACCUCCGGGACCCCCUGGAGCGAAUGGUUCCCCGGGGCCCCAUGGUCGGAUCGGCCUUCCAGGACGAGAUGGUAGAGACGGCAGGAAAGGAGAGAAAGGUGAAAAGGGGGCUGCAGGUUUGAGAGGUAAGACUGGACCACUGGGCCUUGCUGGAGAGAAGGGGGACCAAGGAGAGACUGGGAAGAAAGGACCCAUUGGACCAGAGGGAGAAAAAGGAGAAGUAGGUCCAGCUGGGCCUCCUGGAGCAAAGGGGGACAGAGGAGAGCAAGGGGAUCCAGGGUUGCCUGGAGUUUGCAGAUGUGGAAGCAUCGUGCUCAAAUCCGCCUUUUCUGUUGGCAUCACAACCAGCUACCCAGAAGAAAGGCUACCGAUUAUAUUUAACAAGGUCCUCUUCAAUGAGGGAGAGCACUACAAUCCUGCAACAGGCAAGUUCAUCUGUGCCUUCCCAGGGAUCUAUUACUUUUCUUAUGAUAUCACAUUGGCGAAUAAGCAUCUGGCAAUCGGGCUGGUGCACAACGGGCAGUACCGGAUAAAGACCUUUGACGCCAACACUGGGAACCAUGAUGUGGCUUCGGGGUCCACGGUCAUCUAUCUGCAGCCAGAAGAUGAAGUCUGGCUGGAGAUCUUCUUCACCGACCAGAACGGCCUCUUCUCAGACCCGGGUUGGGCAGACAGCUUGUUCUCCGGAUUUCUCCUGUAUGUUGACACAGAUUAUCUAGAUUCCAUAUCAGAAGACGAUGAGCUGUGAUCAGGACUGCCGUCCUGAAUGUUCCAAGAUUUUUGUGGCAGACACUUUGACUUAAUCUGGGGCCUUGGAAGGUGGAGGAAGCAGCAAUGAGAUCCAAAGAGACUCCCACUCAGAUUCCAAAGCAUUUACAGAAAAUUCUAGCAGAAUCUAUUAAAACAAGAUGAACCACCAAAUGGUUGAAACCACACCAAGAUGAAUUAUAUGAAACAAUAACCCCAGAUAAGAAUCCUCCUGAAAGCAAUGUUCAUAAAUAUUUAAGCGAAUUAAAGACAAUGUUAACAAAUUUCUGUUAAACUCCCUGAGUGAUAAAAUCAGCUGGCAAUGAUAUUGUCUCAUUAAAUCUUCAUAAAAUUA